UAAACACCUACUGUUGAAAUUCCCAGAACAUUCAUUUCCGAUAACAAUUAAUUUCUCCAGCUUCAACUUCAUCAAAUCAAAAAGGGAAAAGAAAAAAGAAAAAUGACGAGGGCUUUCGGGCAGGAGAAGAAGAGGAGUAUUACCUUUAAUAACAUGUGCAUAUUGGCCAUGCUGUUAAUGGGUUUUGCAGUGAUAGUACUAAUUUUUCGUUCAGAUCAGACGCAAGCACGAAGCGUUUGCUGUGACCGGUACAAUAAAAAAUGUGAAGAAUUGUCAGAAUCGAAUUUGACUGUUGAACGUGGCGAAUCCAAAGCGCAGCCUCUUAAAGAAGAAGGUUGUUGUAAGAAAUGCUAUGAUGGAUGGGUUCGUUGUAAGGAAAGUUAUUGUUCCGCUGGUUGUACUGACUGCAGCGAAGCCAAAAAUUUAUGUUACGCUAACAACUGUGCUGGCAAUAUCGCGUGUCGCGAGCCGAAACCGCGUGAUUGUUGCAAACGCUGCGAUGAUGGUUGGAUUGAUUGUAAGAAGGAUGGUGCGAUUCUCAGCUGCGACGAAUCUAAGGCUUUCUGUUAUGCGGAAUGCGGAAUCGGAUUUGGCGGUGAUUGUAAUACUAAUGAUGACCACUCUUUCAUGGACGGUCUUCAUCCUUUUAUUUGA